CCAAGUGGAAGAUGAGUCCUCUCAUUUGGAUGAAAUGCCAUUAAUGAUGUCAGAAGAAGGCUUUGAAAAUGAUGAGAGUGAUUACCAUACUCUACCAAGAGCCAGAAUUUCUCAGAGAAGAAGAGGCUUAGAAUGGUUUAUCUGUGGUGGCUGGAAGUUCCUUUGCACUAGUUGUUCUGAUUGGCUUAUAAACAUUUGCCGAAGAAAGAAAGAGCUGAAGGCUCGCACAGUGUGGCUUGGGUGUCCUGAAAAGUGUGAAGAAAAAUACCCCAAAAAUGCCAUAAAAAAUCAAAAAUACAACGUCUUUACCUUUAUACCUGGGGUUUUAUAUGAACAGUUCAAGUUUUUCUUGAAUCUCUAUUUUCUCGUCGUGUCCUGCUCACAGUUUGUACCAGCAUUGAAAAUAGGCUACCUGUACACAUACUGGGCUCCUCUGGGAUUUGUUUUGACGGUCACAGUGGUACGGGAAGCCGUUGAUGAAUUUCGACGUUACAAGAGAGACAAGGAAAUGAACUCACAGUUAUAUAGCAAGCUGACAGUACGAGGUAAAGUGCAAGUUAAGAGUUCAGACAUACAAGUUGGAGACCUCAUCAUAGUGGAAAAGAAUCAGCGAAUCCCAUCUGACAUGGUGUUUCUCAGAACAUCGGAAAAAACGGGUUCGUGUUUCAUUCGAACUGACCAGCUUGAUGGAGAAACAGACUGGAAACUGAAGGUCGCUGUCAGUUGCACACAAAGAUUGCCAGCUUUGGGGGAUCUCUUUUCAAUCAAUGCUUAUGUUUAUGCUCAGAAGCCACAGCUGGAUAUUCACAGUUUUGAGGGUACCUUCACACGGGAAGACAGUGAUCCAGCAGUUCAUGAAAGCCUAAGCAUAGAAAAUACAUUAUGGGCAAGCACUGUUGUUGCUUCAGGAACUGUAAUUGGUGUUGUCAUUUACACAGGCAAGGAAACUCGAAGUGUAAUGAACACAUCCAAUCCAAAAAAUAAGGUUGGCUUGCUGGACCUGGAGUUGAAUCAACUGACCAAAGCUCUGUUUUUGGCUUUAGUUGCACUAUCAGUUGUUAUGGUAACCUUGCAAGGAUUUGUAGGCCCAUGGUAUCGCAACCUUUUCCGGUUCCUCCUCCUGUUUUCCUAUAUCAUCCCGAUCAGUUUACGUGUGAACUUGGACAUGGGUAAGGCAGCCUAUGGGUGGAUGAUUAUGAAAGAUGACAAUAUUCCUGGAACAGUUGUUCGAACUAGCACCAUACCAGAAGAGUUGGGACGAUUAGUUUAUUUACUAACGGAUAAAACAGGAACACUUACACAGAAUGAGAUGAUAUUUAAGCGCCUCCACCUAGGUACUGUGUCCUAUGGAACAGACACAAUGGAUGAAAUUCAGAGUCAUAUUAUAAACUCUUAUUCACAGGUGCACUCUCAGAAUAGUGGAAACAGUACAAGUUCAACACCAUCUAGGAAGCCUCAGUCGUCUGCACCCAAAGUCCGCAAGAGUGUCAGCAGUCGAAUACACGAAGCAGUGAAGGCCAUUGCACUGUGCCACAAUGUGACCCCAGUAUAUGAAUCCCGGGCUGGUGUGUCUGGAGAAACAGAAUAUGCAGAGGUGGAUCAGGACUUCAGCGAUGAAAAUCGAACUUACCAGGCUUCCAGCCCUGAUGAGGUAGCUCUGGUGCAGUGGACGGAGAGCGUCGGUCUCACUCUGGUUAACAGGGAUUUGACCUCCAUGCAGCUGAAGACCCCUGGUGGACACAUUCUGACGUACUAUAUUCUGCAGAUCUUUCCGUUCACUUCUGAGAGCAAGCGCAUGGGGAUCAUAGUUAGGGAUGAAUCUUCAGGAGAAAUUACAUUUUACAUGAAGGGUGCAGAUGUUGCAAUGUCCACUAUUGUACAGUACAAUGACUGGUUAGAAGAAGAGUGUGGUAAUAUGGCACGAGAAGGACUGCGUACGCUGGUUGUUGCCAAAAAAUCACUGACUGAAGAACAGUAUCAAGAUUUUGAGAGUCGAUAUAACCAAGCAAAGUUAAGUAUACAUGAUAGAAACCUGAAGGUUGCUGCUGUUGUAGAGAGUUUGGAGCGAGAAAUGGAAUUGCUGUGUCUCACUGGAGUAGAAGAUCAGCUGCAAGCAGAUGUUAGACCAACUCUAGAGAUGCUAAGAAAUGCUGGAAUAAAGAUAUGGAUGUUAACAGGAGAUAAACUGGAGACAGCAACUUGCAUUGCGAAAAGUUCUCACUUAGUGUCUAGGACUCAAGAUAUUCACAUUUUCAGACCUGUUACCACUCGAGGAGAGGCUCACUUAGAACUAAAUGCCUUUAGGAGGAAGCAUGACUGUGCCUUGGUGAUAUCUGGGGACUCACUUGAGGUUUGUCUGAAGUAUUAUGAGCAUGAAUUUGUAGAGUUGGCUUGUCAGUGUCCUGCUGUAGUGUGCUGCCGGUGUUCUCCCACCCAAAAAGCUCAUAUUGUGAAACUGUUACAGCACCACACUGGAAAACGCACGUGUGCAAUAGGUGAUGGAGGAAAUGAUGUCAGCAUGAUCCAAGCAGCAGACUGUGGAAUUGGAAUUGAAGGCAAGGAAGGAAAACAAGCUUCCCUAGCAGCUGACUUUUCUAUCACUCAGUUUAAACAUAUAGGUAGGCUGCUGAUGGUACAUGGUCGAAACAGUUACAAAAGAUCAGCAGCACUUGGUCAAUUUGUCAUGCACCGAGGCCUUAUUAUUUCAACUAUGCAGGCUGUAUUUUCAUCAGUCUUCUAUUUUGCAUCUGUUCCCUUGUACCAAGGAUUCCUAAUGGUAGGGUAUGCAACCAUAUAUACUAUGUUUCCAGUCUUCUCUCUAGUAUUGGAUCAGGAUGUGAAGCCAGAAAUGGCAUUGCUAUAUCCAGAACUUUAUAAGGAUCUCACAAAGGGAAGAUCUUUGUCAUUUAAGACCUUCCUCAUCUGGGUUUUAAUCAGUAUUUACCAAGGUGGUAUUCUGAUGUAUGGAGCCCUGCUGCUUUUUGAAUCUGAAUUUGUACAUGUCGUUGCCAUUUCCUUCACUGCCCUAAUCUUGACUGAGCUCUUGAUGGUUGCACUGACCAUACGAACAUGGCACUGGUUAAUGGUGGUGGCUGAAUUCCUCAGUCUUGGCUGCUAUGUGGCCUCUCUUGCAUUUCUAAAUGAAUACUUUGGUAUAGGCAGAGUGUCUUUUGGAGCUUUCUUAGAUGUUGCCUUUAUCACAACUGUGACCUUCCUGUGGAAAGUGUCAGCAAUCACUGUUGUAAGCUGUCUUCCACUUUACAUUCUCAAGUACUUGAAGCGCAAAUUUUCUCCUCCAAGUUACUCCAAGCUUACCUCGUAAAAGUAAUUAUAUUCCUAUGGUUUUUCACUCACACCAGUCUGCAAAUUGCACAUUCACUGUGCUUUAGUGUUUAUGGAUUUAUGCUGGACUAAAGAAAUUAAAAAAAAAAAAAAAAAAGUGAUAGAAUUAAUAGAGCACAAAAAGAGGAGGAAACAUAUGACAGGUACAGUAACACAAGUACGCUAACCAGACUAUCAGAGAUAAACUAAAUUUUCUUCAUGCUGAUUUUUUUUUUUACUUUCAGUUGCUAUGAUUAUAAAAUAAAACUGAAUUACCUUUGAUUUGACAAUGCUUCUGAAUGGGUUCAUUGCUACUGUAAAGGAUUUUUUGCUACUGUAAAGGAUUUUUUCCUACUGUACUAAUAUUCCGCAAGUUGAAUUGAAAGUUUUGUUAUUUAUUACAUAACUUCUGUUCUUUAAUUAUUACAUAACUUCCUAAUUCAAGUCCUUUCUUUUAAUGUUUAUACAUGGAAA